UCAUGUUGGCAGUCGAAAGCGACCCGCACAGGCAACAUGUCGGCUGCUGCCGCUGCACAGCAAAACAACAACGAAGAACCGGGACUAAACGGGUCCUGGGUUGAGCUGGAGAUGAAUGGUAACACGGGACCCCCCUCGCAGCUGGCACCAUCGACCGCUCCCCCCUCGGGCCCAAGCAACGGGAACGAGGGCGAGAGCCAGGCCGUCCACGCCCUGGCCGUGGUGGCGGAGGAGGAGGAGGAGAACAUGACGGGGGGCCUGGAGCACGUGCCCUCCUCCUCCUCCAUCCACAACGGAGACAUGGAGAAGAUCCUGCUGGACGCCCAGCACGAGUCGAGCCAGAGCAGCUCCUCCUGCGACAGUCCUCCCAGGCCCCACAGUCCAGAUCAGGACGAGGGUCAGAUCACCUUUGACGUGGAGAUGCCCAGCAGGAGAGACAGCCAGUCAGAAGAAGAGGGGUCAGAAAAGGAGAGAGAGGAGGAUAUCCUGAUGAACAAGGGUACAGACUGGGUGGCGGACUGGUCCAGUCGGCCAGAAAACAUUCCCCCAAAGGAGUUUCACUUCCGGCACCCCCGGCGCUCAGUGACACUCAGCAUGAGGAAGACGGGGGCCAUGAAAAAAGGGGGCGUCUUCUCUGCGGAGUUCCUCAAAGUCUUCAUCCCAUCACUGCUUCUGUCCCACAUCCUAGCUCUUGGUUUGGGGGUCUACAUUGGGAAAAGGCUGACUACGCCCUCCACCAGUUCUUUCUAAACACAAACAAAAAAAGUGCCUGGGAUCAGUUAUGGCGAAACGUCACCACUUGUCAAAUGAUGAUGAAUGCGGUCUCUCCUUCUGUCCCCCCAAUACACACACAACACACACACACACACUUUCUUUUUUUUUCCCUGCUUUAUAUAUUCAGUCUUCCUUUUUUUCUUCUGUCUCAUAAGAUCAUUCUCAUUUUAAGCCUAGUCCAUUUCUCCCCAGCACUGUGCACCAGGUUUGGAUGAAAUGCACUGUGUUUUAAGAAUUAGGAAUCCCACACCCACACACACACACCCACACACACA